GCAGGUAAAGCACCAUCCAUAAACCCAACUGAUCCUGAGAGACGGAGAGAGUCCCCCAGAUCUCUCAGAUCAGAAAUUCCCUCUCUCUCUCUCUCUCUCUCUCUCGGUCCGUGUAGAUCUACCAGCGAUGAAGCGAUCUAUUGAUUCCGACGGCGGUCUGCUGACGGGCAAGAUGAAGAAGAUCAAGCCGGAGGAAGAGGCGGAAAGAUCGGCGGUGGUGCUGAUGGAUGAGAACCUGCUGUACGAGGUGCUGAAGCACGUGGACGCUCGGACGCUGGCCAUGGCGGCCUGCGUGAGUAAACGCUGGCACGCGACGGCGCGUGACGAGCGCCUUUGGGAGCUGAUCUGCACGCGCCACUGUUCCAACAUCGGCUGCGCCACCCACCAGCUCCGGUCCGUUGUCCUCGCCCUCGGCGGAUUCCGCCGCCUCCACUCCCUGUACCUCUGGCCCCUCUUCAAACCCUCAUCCUCCUCUUCUUCUUCCCCGCCAUCAUCCUCCGCGUGGCCCUGCCUUUCGCCGCCCCCCGGAUUGGUCCCGGCCCAACCCGCUGCUUCCGGCGCCAAAACCCGCUGGGGAAAGGACGAGGUUCACCUCUCGCUGUCCCUCCUCUCCAUUCGAUACUACGAGAGGAUGAACUUCAAUAACCGAGGCAAAGGACUUUAAUUUCGUGCUUUUUCACUUUCUUGUUCUGUUUUGGAGUGUUUCGGCAAACUAGAUCUGUAUCCUAACAAUGGAUUGCUUACUAUUGUAAAAUUAUUUUUGUGUUGACGAAGAUUACGUGAUUAAGAAUGAAAUUAUCCCUCUUUGUUUCUUC